AUGGCAGGCUCAGCGGAACCUCGAGAUGACUCGACUAGCUCAUCAUCACUGCUGAGGAGGCUCAAGCGCCUAAACCUCGGCUCACCGUCGCCAUCGUCAUCGUCGGAUCACACAAGCCUUCCAAGCAAGCCUUUGCCUGCACCGCCGUUGGAACUCCCCCCACAAAAUGCUCCCUAUUUAGCAAAACAGACGGUGUCAUUACCGCCGUACUUAGCCCACUUAGCGGAACAUUCCUCUUCGUGCUCCACAAGGCAGCCAACGUACCUUUCCUUUCCACAGCCUCAGACCUUGUACUCUUCCAUAGACGUGCACGCGCAUCCCCAUCGUUUAGUCGCGCCAACGCAAACUGUUUGCACGACUGGGAUUGCGCCGAACAAUAUCUACACGUGUGCGAAUAUAUUACCGCCUCGACCUCCUGCCUUUGUACUAUCGACGAAGCCGCCCGCGUGCGGUAGUCAAGACAUCCCUAGCAGUCUCAGGCCUGCAUCUAUCCAACUUGGCACUGCGUCCAAGCACAAGGUUCCAUACCCGUGGGAACUAGCUCCGCAGUCGAAGCCUGGGCAUGGUGCCAAUGAUCAGAUUGUGUCUUCAACAUGCCAUUCAAACGAAAAGAAAGAUACUAUCACCGUGCAGAACUCUGUACUAGAGCCCACAACACCCUCCCAUUCGCGUCAAAGUGCGCACAUCAGCUCGUCAGAUGCGCGCGCAACUAUGACGCCAAAGGGCUCGCAGACAGACCCAAGAUUUCCGCCCGCUAAGGGCCAGUGCUGGGGUAUCACUAAGAAAAACCUUCGCUGUACCAAAAAGGGAAGAGCAGUCAAUUGCACGGGCGCAGCGUCGCCCAAGAGUCGGCGGAUCUCGGCUGGAUAUGAUCGCGGUGCUUCGGCGCCUGCCCGGCUCGCACAAAAAGCAACCGCUUCAGAUCCGUUAGUCGUCAGCGACUCUGACGAUGACGAUCCGCAGUCACCCACAACUAGAAGAACGAGGCAGUGCUCCGUUUCGCACUGUGAAAGCGGCGAUGCCGAUACCUCUGUGUUGAGCGAUGACAUCGACGAGGUCUUUUGUGGACAGCACAUCGCUGAGGCCAAAAAGUGGCCCGGCUUCUAUCACUCGUAUUCUGGCGAUGCCACUUCUUGCUCCAUAUCGUCGAACAUUCUUAUCAAAUACGAAGACUGGCUCACCACACCAUGUCUCGACGACCAUACGCAAGUCCUGCUCCGUAAUUGCAUGAGGCGGCCUCUGACAGAGAUGGACCGGAAUGAACGAGGAUAUCUCUACAUCCACGAGCUACUCGCGUUCUCUACGCCGACGCAUGUGUGUCUCAAGGUGGGUCGCUCCAAUCAGGUAUUUCGCCGAGUCGGCGAGUGGAAUGCGCAGUGCCGAAGCAAGCAGCCGCUUCUCAGAGCAAUCUACCCUUCCCACGACGGUCAACAGUUGAUGCCUGGCAUGGACACGCCCACGAUGCAGGGCGUUCCGUUCAGUCGACGCUGGGAAGCACUUGUCCAUCUUGAGCUGAAGAGUCUGGGAAAGCGCCUCGAUGACGAGUGUGCUGACUGUGGCAAGCGGCACCGCGAGAUCUUCCUUCUUCCUCAUUCAUCCGUUUACCGCAACGCUUCGCAACCAGCGCACCACGAUGCUUUUGAUUUAGCCAAUGACGUGAUUGUCAAGUGGCUGAGGUUCGUUCAGCUGCUCGCCGGUCCGAACUCUACGUCGUCUGCAACGGGUACAACAACCAAGACGCAUCAUGUUUGA